AUGGCCUACCCUUUGGACCAUUUCCCCCACCUUAAUGGGGCCCCUCCCACGGUCCACCCCGUGAUCUCUGGAUCUCAAAACGAUAGAUCCUCAUUGACGGAUGAGAACGUCGAUUGGGACCAGUUAUUGCUGAGAUUCCAGGAUGAUGUGGACGAGCAAACGUGGGCUGCGGACACCUCAGCUAUCGGCGAGGCCCAGUCCCAGUCGGAACACCCAGCCGGCAGCCCUGGGCCAGAAUUGGAUCUUAUUGGGGCUGGUGAUCUGGCACCCUUGCUUAAGUUCCUAAAUGAGCCAGUGCUGCCCGUUCCGCUGCCGUCACCACAGCCGCAGCAAGAUCAGGAAGACGAACCAUUGCUGCUCGUGCCGCCACCACAGCAGCAGCAAGACGAGGAAGAGGAUGAUUGUAAGUGA